AAUUUUACAAACAAAAAAAAUGCAAAAGGUAGAAAUAAUGUUUUAAUAUUAAGAACGAUUAUGGUUUUGGUGGAGAUGAAAAAGUAAAGAAAAUAGAUAAUGAACAUUAUGAUGAGGCAAUUGAAUUGAAAGAUGAAGAAGAUGAGGAAAUUGUUAGUGGUGAAGAAGAUGAAGAUUAAUGUAGUGCUUUUAAAUUCUAAUCUAAUAGAUUAAGCUGGAGCUAGAGGUGGUCAAUAAGCUGCAUAAAGUGCUGGAUUUUAAGAUGGAAAGGUUCCAUUACCUGCUGGUGCUUAUAACCCAAAUGAUUAUUCAAAUUUAUAAGUAGGUGCAGAAGUUAAAUAAUUAUUUGAGUACAUAGCUAGGUAUUUAGAAAUCUUUUAAUUUUAGAUACAAAGCUCCCUAAAUGGUUUUGGAUGCUAAAUUAAAACCAUUCAUUCCAGAUUAUGUACCAGCCAUAGGUGAAGUUGAUGCAUUUAUCAAAAUGCCAAGACCUGAUGGAUAGCCUGAGACACUUGGUUUAGUUACAUUAGUAAUCUAUUUCAAUAAAUUUUAGGAUGAACCUGCUCUUAAUUAAUCUAAAAAAGCUAAAUUAGAUUUAUUGAUGAGAGAAUAUGUCAAAGUAGCAAAUAGAGGAAAAAAUACUACCAUACAUGCCAUCGAAAAUGCUGACAAAAAUCCUAAAGAAAUUACUGCCUGGAUUAAUGAUGUGGCAGAAAUACAUAAAAAAAAAUAACCUCCAUCAGUUUCUUAUUCUAAAAUUAUGCCUGAUAUAGAAGAAUUAAUGCAGGUUUGGCCUUAAGAAAUUGAAGAUCUAUUUUAAAACACUUAAUUGCCUGGAGACAAUAUUGAUUUGGGUUUAUAAGAAUAUUGCUAAUUCUCUUGCAAUUUAUUAGAUAUUCCUGUUCAUCCUAUUAAUAACAAUAGAAAUAUUAUAGAGUCUUUACAUGUUUUAUUCACAUUAUUUUCAGAAUUUAAGACUAAUCAGCAUUUCAGACAAAACAAUGAUGAAAUUUAAUGA